CCUUGCCGCCCAUUUUUGCCCCCGCUCGGCGCCAUAUUCCCCGAUGCGCAUCGAGAUCCGGCGACGCCGACACGCUGCCUAUCUUCUCCCGUCGUUGUCAUGGGCAACCGCGUGGCAAGGCUGGCGACGCCGUGCUUCGCGGCGGGCGACGGUGCCCGCGGUCACCACGCCGACGGAUCGGCGGCGGACGUGUACACCGCGGGGGCAGCCGAUGAUGGUAGCAGCAUCGGCCACAUUCUGAGCUUCGACGGCCGCGAGGGCCCGGCGUUCGCCGGCGCCAUCCACGGAGUGUUGCUGCCGUCGAACCAGUCCACGCUGGGCUCCGUUGGCGGCUCCGUUCUGAACGAUCAGAUGUCGUUCUCCGGCUCGUCGUCGUUCGACAGCUCCAACUCAUUCUCCUUCCGGACGCUACAGCCGCGGCAGUACUCGGGGCCGCUGGAGUACAGCACGUCGCCGUCGACGUCGGCAACGACCUCCGGCGUGUCGGUGUCACGGCAGCUCCCGCGCAGCGACGAGCAAAUCCUCGCGGACCUCAAAGCGACGCGGCACCGGCGCGAGGGCCAGGCGUCCAAGAGCCCACUCCUCGACGGCCUCCGGAAGGUCGUCGGGUCGGUGCUGCGCGCCGGCCCGUGCGUAUCCCCCCACAGGAAGCAAGACCGCGAGCCGGUCGUGGCGGUCGGAAACGGCAGCGGCAUUGGCGCGAUCAAGAGCCACGCGGAGAGCAGCAAGAGCGGCGAGGCGACGGACGACGGCGCAGCGAGGGUGCAGUGGGCGCGCGGGAAGGCCGGGGAGGACAGGGUCCACGUCGUCGUGUCGGAGGAGGACGGCUGGAUGUUCGUCGGCAUCUACGACGGCUUCAACGGCCCCGACGCCACCGACUACCUCGUCGCCAACUUGUACGCGGCUGUGUGCCGCGAGCUCAACGGCGUGCUCGAGGAGGACGAGCCUGAUCGGCCCGACGAGCAGCCACCGCGGUGCAACGGCCGCUGCGCCGCGAUGGAGCACGAGGUGCUCAAUGCGCUGGAGCGCGCUCUGAGGAGCACGGAGGCGGGGUACUUCGCGGAGGCGGAGGCGCGCGCGGAGGAGUGCCCGGAGCUGGCGAUGAUGGGGUCGUGCGUGCUGGUGGUGCUGAUGAAGGGAGCCGACGUGUACGUGAUGAACGUCGGGGACAGCCGCGCCGUGCUGGCCCAGCAGGCCAAGCCCGACCUGUCCCGCGUCAUCAUGCCGCGGCUCGACGGCGGCGACCUCGCCGGCGUCAAGGAGGAGAUCAAGCGGCAGUUCGACGCGUGCGACAUGGGGGAGCUCGCCGCGCUGCAGCUCACCAUGGACCACAGCACCAACGUCUACAAGGAGGUAAGAAGGAUACGGAGUGAGCACCUAGAUGAUCCUGCCUGCAUUGUGAAUGGCAGGGUGAAGGGCACAUUGAAGGUGACAAGAGCAUUUGGAGCCGGCUACCUUAAGGAGCCCAGGUGGAACAAGGCUCUCCUGGAGGUUUUCCGGGUGGACUACGUGGGGACGUCACCGUACAUCACCUGCCGGCCAUACCUCCGGCACCACCAGCUUGAGUCGCGAGACAAGUUCAUGAUCCUCUCCUCCGACGGCCUCUACGAUUACUUCACCAACGAGGAGGUGGUGGCGCAGGUGGAGGCGUUCACCGCCAGGUACCCCGACGAAGACCCCGCCAAGUACCUCAGCCACGAGAUCCUCCUCCGCGCCGCCAACCAAGCCGGAAUGGGGUUCCAUGAGCUGCUUGAGGUUCAGCAAGGGGAUCGAAGGCGAUACCACGACGACGUCUCCAUCAUCAUCAUCUCACUGGAGGGGAAGAUAUGGAGGUCCUAGCUAGGUUUAUGGAUUAAUCCUGAUUGAUUACGACGACACCGUAAUGGUAGAAUUAAUGCAUUAUAUAUAUCGAUCUACGAUGUACAUUGUAACAAACGAACGUUUAAUUCCUAAGGACAGUAGUAGUACAAAGAAAAAAGUUCUGCUUGUAAUUGACAAAUUGGUCACAAUGCAGUCAGCAAAAGUUU